AUGUCCCGAAGGAAACAGGCGAAACCAAGAUCUUUAAAACCUGAAGACGAGGAAUGGACCCAAAAAAUCCCUGCUAAUAAUGAGAUGGUUGGAAAAGAAGAUAAAUCUGAAGAUGCGCUUGCGGAAGCUGUUACUGAUGAAAAAGACAAUAUGGAGGAAACUGACACAGUCAAAUUUGAUGAAGAUGUCGACGCUUCAUUAAAACAGGAGAAUGAAGACGAGGCCGAUCUGCAUGCUAUAACAACGGUGACGAGUAAAUUGGUCAUUACACCUCAAGUCCCUAUUCCGUCGUUAACUUCGUUGAAAUUCAUAAGGCUACUAAAACAAAAAGCAGUUUUUCGUCGCGAUAUUCCUUACUCUAUGAUGCCUGCGAUGCGUUUUUACUGCGGUUUAACGUUCUUUUUACAACUUCGUCAAAGGGUGUGGUGCUAUGACUGCCUUGCGGCGCCCGCUCCGUGCUUUACGACCCGACUCCUCGCUUAUCUCGUGCCAUUUGCGAUAAAUCUCCAACAGACUCCUUGGACCUCAAAUAUUUACAUGCUAAUUCGUAGUCAAUUCUAG